UUCUGUCAAAACACGUGGCCAGUGGUCUAUAAGUUGAGAACAGAAAGAGGAAGUGGGUGGCUGUUAAAGGUUGGAGGCUGCAGGGUCCGUCUGACAGUUGGCAAAAUGAACCGUGUGCUGAUUGGAGGCCUGCUGCUGCUCAACAUCGCCACAGUGGCAGUGUCCAAAGUGUCGCCGGCUCCUGCACACGUCAAGUUUGACUCUGUGGACUUUAAGAAUGUCCUUCGCUGGAUGCCGCCUGCCAACUGCAGCAACUUGCGCUACGAUGUCCAGUGGAAGAUUUAUGGCGAUGCUCAGUGGCGGGAUGUGGACGGCUGCCAGGGCGUCUGCAAGAGCCACUGUGACCUCAGCGGGGUCACGUCGGACCUCCAAGAGUGGUACUAUGCCAGGGUGAGAGCAUCUUCCUCAUCGUUGAACAAGUCAGCCUGGAUCCUGUCCCCGAGAUUCAGCCCCCGAUGGGACACCAAAAUUAGCGCACCGCUGCUAAGGCUGAACGUCAGUGAGAAAGGCAUCGUGGUGCGCGUGAGGACCCCCCAGCCCGUGGCCAGGAAGAUCCAAACCAGUCGCCUUCAUGUCACUCUCGUCUAUGUCGUCUACCUCCUCAAUGAAGCGGGCAAGGAGGAGAUGUUUGAACUGCUUUGCUGCUCGGGGAAAUUUGUGAUGAGCAAAGUGGAGCACAAGACGAAAUAUUGCUUCCAGGCUCAGAGUGUCGCAGAGCUGCAGGGACACCGCAGCGCUCGCGGACCUAAAAAGUGCAUCACCACCACAUGAGCAUGAUCUUUUUCACAUGAUGUCCAUGGCCACUUCCAAGAUGGCCAAGUGUUUGACGGACGCGCCAUCCCAAGAGUGCAAAUGGUUUUGAUAUCUUUGAUGUUGACACACUUAUCAAGUGAAACGACUCCGUAAGCCAUCACGGCACCCACAUGUGGAGCUCAGAAUGAUGACAUUGUGGCGGACCUCAGAACAUGGUCUCUCACCCAGCAGGCCUAAAGUUAGGGGUGGGGUCCUCAGUGAUGUCAUGCUCUCUUUGUAUCUUUGAUUAAUUUUGUCUAGUCAGUUGUUGGCAGACAGCCAUAGAAUAAUGACGCAUUCCUCCGUUCUGCCACAAUUGAUCAAUUAAUACAUAAAUAAAAGCCGAAAACAUA